GUGGCUGAUUUGGAAGUAAAUAAAAGGGUUCAACGCCAACAAACAAAUCCAGGGUCCAACGAUCCAACGGAUCCAACUAUCGACAAAUAACGGAAACACUAAAAUACUUCCUACCCGUUGCCUGAUCUGGACCGACUAUAGACUGGGGAUGAAAUGUACCUGACCAGCUCUAUUUCAGUGGUACGAGACAUGGUAUCCCCAACCCAGACUCCAACCCAAUGAUCGUACUGCGAACUGAGACAACGAACCACAACACACCACAACACUGAGAUCAUCACCAACACAUCAUUCCUAAAAAGUGUAUAAUAGACCAGACUACUAUCACUACUAUCACUAACUAUUCAAUAAUUUUCAUCCUUACUGUCUCACUACUAUCCAGUACUCUAAGACUUACAUAUAAGACCGAGCAUGUCUCUUGUCGCGCUCUCCUGACACCACACCACCACCACACCCCACUGGCGCACUCCGCCAGCAACGCCAGCAGCACACGACAGCCACUGUCCUGUGAAGAGCACGCGCGCGCGUCGACACUAGAAGUUCUGGUUCAGAACAACAGAAGAUACGAGAUCUUGAUACACUUCCGUCCGAGCGAACACCUAUAACCCUCCUCCGCACGAUCGUGCGCGGCGCAUUGUCCCCCCCCUGCCUCGACAGCCAGCCAUCCCCCGUUGGGCGAUCGACCAAAUCCUCAAAACGCACACACGACCACCCUCAAGACAACACACAGAGGCGCACGAAACACAACCACAUAACCACCCACCAUGUCCGCCCUCCGGCGCAUCUUCUCCCUCAGCCCCGACCUCUUCGACUCCUCCCACCGCUUCGAGACAUCCUGGCUCAUCACGCCGUGGGCGCUCUUCUUCUUCCGCGCAUUCUUCAGUUUCUACGCCUUCUUCGUCCUAAUCUUCAACCUCAUCUUCACCGGCGUGCAACCCUCCUACGGCGGCAGCGAAGCAGCCUCAUUAUCCUUCUCCUACUUCACAAUCCUCACCUACUGGGGUCUAGCAUUCUACUUCCUCUUCGCCUCCCUCCACACCCUCAGCUACGCGCGCCACGGCACCCCUCUCCUAGCGCACUUCCCCCGUCCCCUCCAGGCGCUACACUCCCUCCUCUACACGACGAUUAUCUGCUACCCCUUCUUGGUGACGAUCGUGUACUGGGCGGUUCUAUACUCAUCUUGGUUCCCCACCCCCUACCCGCGCUGGACCAACAUCUCCCAACACGCGCUCAACUCCCUCUUCGCCCUCUUCGAGCUCAUCAUCCCGCGCACCUCUCGCCCCCCCUGGAUUCACCUCCCCUUCCUAAUCCUGAUCCUCGCGCUCUACCUAGCAUUAGCGUAUCUAACGCACUACACCCGCGGGAUCUACGUGUACUCCUUCCUCGACCCGGGAAAUGGGAGGGGGAUGCUAGCAGGGUACGUCCUGGGGAUCGCGGCGGGGAUAGUGGUUAUCUUCCUACUUGUGCAGGGGGCGGUGUGGGUGAGGAAGUGGGGGACGGAGAGGAAGAUGGGGAGGGAGGGGAGGUUUCAUGGCGGGAGGAGCAAGGGGCAGGGGGAUGCGGAGUUGGAGGCUACGAGGCAGUGGGAGGAUAAGGCGUGAGCGUUUCGUUUGAAUUUGGCGAGAUCUGGUUUGGCGAUGUUAUAUUUGGGCGAUGUGUAUGUCGGGAUAUGUUUUGAUAGUUGUGGGCGCUGGUGGAAUUUGUUUGUGUAGAUAUACCCACCAUACUAACAACACCUGUCUAUAUAUAAAUAAUAAUACCCCUAAUUUUACCGCAC